UAUAGAAUUUUCAAUUUAUUCAUUUCAAAAAUUUCCUUGUUUAUUGUAAACUUUAUCACCACCCCCAUUUAUUGAGUGGCAAGGAAAAAACAGCCAUCUCUGUCCAAAUGUUUGUUUGUUUGUUAAAAAAAAAAAGGAUAGUGUUGUUCCCAUGGUCGGUCCACAGUGGCUGCUACUAUAGCUACGGCCAUCAUGGCAACUACUCCCUCAACUCUCUCCUACAUCUUCCCUAGCACCAACACCAGCAGGAGGAGGUUCUUGAUUACAAGUAAUUGGCCUUCUCACCAGAGGCCCACUGAAGAACAACCAUGCUCCUCUUCAGCCUGUUAUCAAGGGGCAGUGCAGUCGUAUGGUCUGCAGAAGCAACGGGUACAACUAAAUAGCAUAUCGAAGGCUAUGAGAACGAGAAGACAUGGAUCAGUUGGACGACAAAAGAAAGGACUAAUCAGAUGUAACAUUGAACUUCAGGACUUCAUUGGCGGAGAUCUCAUUAAACUUGAUUUGGGUCAAUGGUUAUCUGAUGUGGAAGAACACAAAGCCUUGGCAAUUUACUCUCCUCAUGAAGGGGGUUAUGAAGGACGCUAUCUUACUCGCCUUAAGUACCAGGGAUAUCAUUUCUUGGACCUUACUGCUCGUGGCCUCGGUGACCCUGAAACCACUCUCACUAAGUUCCACCCUGUCUGCCCUGCCCAUGUUGGGAAGCAACCAAUAGCUAGAUGGUAUUUUCCUCCCGAAGUUGAUUAUAGGCUUUCAUUACUUCCUCCGGAUGCCAAAGGAUUAGUGGUUUGGAUAAUAGAAGCCAAGGUCUUAUCAAAGGCAGAGCUGCAGUUUCUUGCUUUACUUCCGACACUUCGCCCUAAUGUGAGGGUCAUUGCAGAGUGUGGUAACUGGAGAAAGUUCAUGUGGAAGCCACUCAAGGAGAUUGCCGGUUUAUCUUAGUCAAAGGAGGAAUACAGUCCACGAUAUUGGAACUUGACACUAUAAAAUAGGCAUUUGAUCAAGGGUUGCUUUAUGACUUGUCCCAUCACCUUGUAGCAAUUAGAACAGCUACUAGGUUCUUAUGAAUUAUUAUAUGACUCAAUAUUGUGUAUUGCUGUACAUCAAUGUAUAUGAAGUUGGCAAAAUAUUCAGAUAAGAAAAUGUCGUCAGUCUGACCAAGUUUUUGGGAAGUGAAAAAAUGAUGUUUAUUUUGGAAA